CCAAACGUAUCUCUGGUUCUCUGCCUUCAUUUUAGUUCUUUGUGUGGAAAGUGGCAGAGGUCAUGGACACUGACAGUUGUUCAAUCUGCCAGGAUCUACUGAAGGAUCCAGUAACUAUUCCAUGUGGACACAGCUACUGUAUGGGCUGUAUUAUGGGAUUAAAGGAAGAUGACAUGGGAUUCUGCAGCUGCCCCCAGUGUUUACAGGACGCCCCCCUAAAUAUGGAUGAAUCAGUGGAGAAUCCAACGACAAGACUCCAACGUGCUCCUCCUCCGUACAAUUCUGCUGCACCUGGAAAUGUGGACUGUGAUUUCUGCACUGGAAGAAAACACAAAGCUGUCAAGUCCUGUCUAGUAUGUUUGGUAUCUUUCUGUGAGACUCACCUUCAGCCUCACAACCAAGUAGCUCAGUUAAAGAAACACAAGUUGGUCCCAGCCUCCUUUCAGCUACAGGGGAAGAUCUGUUCUCAUCAUGACAAACUGCAGGAAAUUUACUGUCGUACUGAUCAGAAGUGUAUCUGUUAUCUUUGUACAAUGGAUGAACAUAAAGGACAUGAUACAGUCUCAGCUGCAGCAGAAAGGACUGACAAACAGAAACAGUGUGAAGAAGAACGUCAGAAAUCACAGAAGAGUAUCCAGGAAAAAGAGAAGGAGAUUCUGGAGCUUAAGCAGGCUGUGGUCUCUCUUAAACACUCUGCCCAGGAAGCAGUGGAGGACAGUGAGAGGAUCUUUACUGAGCUGAUCCGCUCAUUUAAGAAAAGGCGCUUUGAGUUGAAGGAGCUGAUCAGCGCUCAGGAGAAGGCUGAAGUGAGUCGGGCUGAAGGACUCAUGCAGCAACUGAAGCAGCAGGUCUCUGAGCUGAGGAGGAGAGAUGUUGAGUUGAAGCAGCUCUCACACACAGAGGAUCACAUCCAUUUCCUCCAGAGUUUCCAGUCUCUCUGUGUCACUCCUGGAUCUGAGGCCUUACACAGCAUCAGUGUCUAUUCACAUAUUUUCUUUGAGCAUGUGAAGCAAUCAGUCUUUGAAAUGAAAGAAGAACUACAGGAUCUAUGCAUGAAGGAAAUAGAACAGAUAUCUGUCGAAGUCAAUCAAGUUCAGAUUCAACGAAAUUCUGAGCCAAAGACCAGUGAGGACGUCAUAGAUUGUGGGAUAACACAACCUGCUCAGCCAUUGACUGCAGUUAAGAGCAAACAGCAGGCUCCGCCCAAAACAAGAGAAGAUUUCUUAGCACAUGAGAGGAAACAACAUACUCCACCAGAGACCGAAAAAGUUACUACAGAGAUGAACCUACCCGAUGAGCCCAAGACCAGAAAAGAUUUCUUAGCAUAUUCCUGCCAGCUGACAUUGGAUCCCAAUACAGCAAAUCAGUUCCUGUGUCUGUCUGAGGGGAACAGAAAGGUGACAUGUAGUGAUGAGGCUCAGUCCUAUCCUGACCAUCCAGACAGAUUUGCCUCUUUUAACCAGGUGUUGUGUAGAGAGGGUCUGUCUGGAGUCUGUUACUGGGAGGUAGAGUGGAGUGGGGAAGGGGUAGAUGUAGCCGUCUCAUAUAAAGACAUAAUCAGGAAAGGAAGUGGUUUUGAAUGUUUGUUUGGGUCUAAUGAUCAGUCCUGGAGGUUAUACUGCUCUACAUCCAGCUGCUAUUUCUACCACAAUAAAGACAGGGAUGAUAUCCCUCCCCCCCUCUCCUCCAGAGUAGGAGUGUAUCUGGACCACAGGGCAGGAACUCUGUCCUUCUACAGUGUCUCUGACACAAUGACCCUCCUCUACAGAUUCCAGACCACAUUCACUCAGCCACUCUAUCCUGGGUUCUUUGUUGAAACAGGAUCUGUGAAAAUACUGACACCUAUUCAGUGAUAAAUCAGUCCGCUGCUAUCGAUGUACUGUAAGCUUUAAAAGAAGGCCUUGUUAAUAAUGCACAUGAUUAAUUAAUGCCAAAGACUUGACAUGACAGAUAUCUUAAAUGCUGUUUAAUAUAGCUGCUCAUUUGCAUGCACAGAGGUGUCAGUCAAACUAAGUGGAACAUAGUGAGUCGGAGCCCCAAAUGAACAUGAAUGCAUAAUGACACAUGCAGGCACUGCGAGGGUGGAGUGUGUGAAGUUCUAUUAGUGAAGGGUACCAAUCAUCAUUAAGGAUAGUGUACUGGGUGUUAAAAAACACAAAAUUGCUGAACUACUAAACUUGUAUUUAAUCUUUAUUCAGUAUUUUGACUUGAUUGUUUUCUGAAGUAACUUAAAUAUCUUUAUUUUAGACAUUAAUGCAAUAUUAAUUGUACAGUUCUUUAUUACUGGAUUGAAUUCUAGAUUAUUUCUGUGUUUUUAUGUAAUGGUAGAAUGAUAUUUAAUUCAGCUAUGGUGGUGGAUGGUGGAAUGGAUCAUUGAUAAAAAAACAAAAGCAACUGCCAUUGAUACAAUUGUAACUGUACUUUCCCAGAAUUGCUGUACAAUUUACUUAUAAUUAAAAAGUAGGGCCAUUGUUUUUAUUUUUAUGUAGUCCUGUAAACGUUUUUCUCUCCAGAGUUAAUUGUUGAGACGUCUUUCACAAUAUUAUUUUGUCUAAUAACGUUUUUUAUUACUAGAUUAAUAGGAUAUGCAUGUAUAUUUUUUCUGCAGUAGUUGGGGCACCAUGGUGUGGGAGACUCACCAUCUCCUCCCAACCACGGUUAAGCCUUGCAUAAGCCUCCAUGUAAACAACAAUGAUGACAAGAUAAGGACCAUGUAGCACCAAAACCUUUAUUUGCUCGUCAAUUUCAUGAAAAGAUUUUAAUUCAGAAAAGAUGACUGACGCUAGUUUCUGAUACUGUUGUUCAUGGUGAUUAGAAGUUUUCCAUUGCAGUUAUUCAGCUUUUAUCCAGUGACAUACAGUUAGUGCUGUAAUGUUAAAACUAGGUGAGAUGACGACCCAACUCAGUAGUUGUAGAUACAACUUAUUACAUUUGGUAGCCUUCAAAGUAAAGACUGUGUUUGAAGAGAAGCAUAACAAUUGAAAUUGGAAGCAUUAGUUCCCAAAAAGCAAUGGUGGGGAGGACUUAAGAGUUAUUUUAUUCUUUAAACAGGUUGGGUUUAAGAUGUUCUAGGUAAAUAGGCCCUGCUGUCCUAGAUGGGAGGAAAAAGACGAUCAUUCACUUGGCUGAAUGGGAGCGGCCAGUUGAGAAUACAGGUGGAAUGGGGUGACAUCAGAAAUAAUGGGAAGGUUGAACACCAUGUGAACUGCAGCAUUCAUACUAUGUUGCAAAGGUUUUAUGUCACAAUCAUGGAACCCUACCAGCAGUGAGUUGCAGUAGUCCAGACAAGAGAUGACAAGUGUCUGAAGUAAGGACAUACACUAUGAAUAUUAUAAAGGGUAAACCUGCUGGAACCAGUCACCACUACAAUGUUUACAGAGAACAACAGGUUUUCCUGGGUUAUGCCAUAUCUUUUGCACUCUGGGAGGGACACUGAGGAGUUGUCACCUAUAAUGGAGAGGUCUGACAGGCUUUUGCCUGGAGGAAGAGCAGCUCCAUCUUAUUGAGGUGGAGCUUGAUAUGGUGAUCCACUGUCCAUGCAGAGGCGUUGGCCAGGCACAUUAACAUUUGUGCCGCUAUCUGGUUGUCAAAAGAGGGGAAGUGUUAUCAGCAUAGCAAUUAUAUGUGACACCAUAUGAAGGUAUGACAGAGCCAAGUGACUGUGUGUAGCGGAAUGGACCUGGGAAGGUGUGGAAAGUAGGAUCAGAUGGUUCAGUGUUGAAGGCAACACUGUAAACCAUCUACAGAGAGAACAGGGGAGAGAGUUGGCUUCGGCUUUGCAAAGGCAUUCUGCUACAAGAAGAGCCAUCUUAGUCAAGUGACCAUGUUGAAGUCGUCCUGGUUAGGGUCAAGGAUAUUGUUCAGACCAAGCUAACAGGAGAGUUGGUGGGAGACAGCACGCUCCAAUGUCUUCGAACGGAAAGACAGAAGGGAUAUCGGUUUUUAGUCAUUGAUGUCAGAGGUUCGAAUGUUGUUUGGUUCGGGACGAGAACAACUCUUGCCAUCUUGAAGUCAGGGGGUGUUAGUCAGUGGUCACAGACAAGUUGAUGAGAGAAGUAAGGAAUGGGACCGCUGCCAACGACCAGGGGACCCACUAGGGUGUGUAUUUAUCAACCAGUGAAGCAACAACGAUCAAGGAGAGACACGUCAGGACAGGUUGGUAGGAUUACUUCAACUAGAGAACAGCUCAGCGUGAAGGCACACCUCUACUACAAACAAUACUACUCAUUGGGAUGACAAAGGAAUACAUCUACUGAUGGGAAAUGGAAAGCACCUGUGAGCAAUGAUGCACUCGCUGUGUUCAAGUCCAGGGGUGUACAGUGACUGUUGGGGAUGUGGGGAAUGGUGUUGCAAAGACCCGUGGGGGACCUUGUAGACUGGAGACUUCCGACCAUCUCGGGCGUGUAGAAGGUCUGGAGGGAGAUACCGAUUAGAUUCAACUUUACUGUCAUUGAACAGUACAAGUACAACGAAAUGUUGUUAGCAUCUAACCAGAAGUGCAUAUAGACAAGGGCAGGAAAUGUACAAGUGUUAAGUAUAUUGUAUGUUACAAUAACGUAUAGAUGUGCAAUGGAGGCAAAUACAGAGAAAAUGGCACUUCAAAAUGCAAUGAAGGCAGGUAGGGGAGGGCAGAAAAUAUUGUUAUAGAAAUGUGUUAGUGUUUUUUACAGAUGUUUAGGGGAGUAGAGAAUUACUGGUUUAGUA